ACGGGUUUCAGCAGCAGCCGUCAGACCCUCUCCUCGUCUCUGGGCAUACUAACUUCUUCUGGUUCUACCCAAGGAAGAUUACAGGACCACAGCAGAGCAUUCUCUGGAGACUCUACACUGUGUAAUACGGUAUUACUCCUGGAGACUCUACACUGUGUAAUACGGUAUUACUCCUGGAGGCUCUACACCGUGUAAUACGUUAUUACUCCUGGAGGCUCUACACCGUGUAAUACGGUAUUACUCCUGGAGGCUCUACACCGUGUAAUACGGUAUUACUCCUGGAGGCUCUACACCGUGUAAUACGGUAUUACUCCUGGAGGCUCUACACCGUGUAAUACGGUAUUACAUCCCAUCCCAACAUGACGCUGGAAGAGCUGGUCGGAUCCGACAUGAGUCAUAAUAAGAUGGACAGCGCGAGCGACGCGCUCGAGGCGCUGGUGGUCGCGGCGCAGCGGCAGGACUGCCUCACCGUGGGGGUCCUAGAGUCCGCUCAACUCAUGAAUGUUGCCCCUGACAGCGUGCUGCUGUGCGUGCUGGCGGCGGACGCGGAGGACGAGGGCGACGUGGCGCUGCAGAUCCACUUCACGCUGCUGCGCGCCUUCUGCUGCGACCAGGGCGUCGACGUGGUCCGCGUGGCCGGGCUGGGCCGGCUGGGCCAGCUGCUGGGCCAGCCCCCCGCCCCCCCCGCCGCCCCCGCCAGGGACCCCCCCCGAGACCUGCACUGCGUCCUGGUCACCACCUCGCCGUGCCGGACGCUCUGCAGCGACGCCCUCCACCGGGUGAGCAGCUACUGCGAGGAGAGCCGCGGGAACAACCAAUGGGAGCCCCGCCUGGCCCUGAGCCAGCGCUGACCCCGCCUCCGGCUCGGACCCAGACCGGGAUGAAGCUGCUUCAUCCAACCACAGACAGGAAGUCGUCCGGGCGCCGGGCGGUGCGCUCAGCCCGACCGGGCGCCGGUCCCGUGGGAGGGACCCAGGAAGUGAUGUCAGAACCUCGCA